AAAAAUUUAUUAUUAUGAAUAUAUUAUAAGAGUACGAAUUGUAAGAGUGUUUAGGGAAUGGAUCUUAUGGGAUAGUACAUAGGGGAGUAAAUGUAGAGAGUAGGAAACGAGUAGCAAUAAAGAUGUUAAGAGAGACAUUUGAAUCAAUGGAUGAAUGUUUAAAAUAGAGAGAAGUGAAGGCAUUAAUGAAAUUGAAGGAGCAUCCAAAUAUAAUAAAACUGCUGGAGAGUAUGCAUAAGUGCAUGUGUUAGUGAGAUACGAGAAUAAGCGCCUGUAUUUGAUCUAUGAGUAUGUGGAGAACAAUGUGUACUAGUUAUAUACGUAGGAUAAAUUGGAUGAAGACCGUAUAAAACAUAUAAUAUUGGGAUGUGCUAAUGCAUUGAUACAUAUUCAUCAGUUGGGAUAUUUUCAUAGGUAUAUUUAAUUAUAUUAAAAAAUAAGGGAUAUAAAGCCAGAGAACAUUUUGAUAUCAAAUGAAUAAGUGAAAUUAAUAGACUUUGGUCUUUCAAGAGAAGUAAAACCACCAUUUACAGAUUAUGUUUCAACUCGUUGGUACAGAGUAAUAAAUAUUGAGAUUAAAAGGCUCCUGAAAUUCUGUUACAUUCUAUAAGUUAUGAUACAUAAAUUGAUGUAUUUGCUUUAGGAUGUGUUACAUGUGAAUUGUUUUUAGGUAGACCAUUAUUUGUUGGCUCUUCUGAAUUGGAAUAAUUUGAUCGAAUGUUAUAAAUAUUAGGGUAUAUUAUAUUAAAUAUUAAUUUAGAACAUUUACUAGUUAAGAUUGGAGUGAAGGAAUUAAGUUGGUUAAUCAAUUAGGAUUAAAACUGACACAUUAUCCAUCUAAAUUAUUACAUGUAAUCAAAGCAUCCCCAAUGGCUUUAGAUUUGAUAUAAGGAAUGCUCAAAUGGAAUCCUAAAUAACGGUUUACAGCCAAAUAGAUUACUGAGCAUUUACUAUUCAAGCAGUAACAAACCACUCCAGAGUUCGCUCCAAGAAAAUUAUAAGAUAUCAGCCAAUAAUAAUAGGAGUUAAAAAAAUUUACCAAUUAAAAACAAUAAUACUAAUCGAAGAAGUGAUUUUAUAUUAUUUUGAU